AAUUGCCUUAUUAACUGAAGUAGUGCUCACUUGUAAAGAAAUUUUAUCCAUAAUUUAAUAAAGGGGUAUGCAAACUUGAAUAUCAGGAAAACUGCCAAUUAUAAUGUAAUUGUUCUCAAAUGAUUGAGUCGAAUUAUGCUAAAAACAGCACUUUACAGGGGAAAACCCUCACCAAACCUGGUAAAGCAAUCUCUAAGGGCUUCCAUACACCUUGCCAAAUGUACCUCUUUAGAAGAGUUAUAAAAGGUCAAGGAUGUCUGGUGUGCUGUGAGGAGCAGAGGACUAUCUCCCCAGUGUACAAAUAGGUCAAACUGGGAAACAUGUUGAGACGUCUGAGUUCUGCACUAGUACAACAGACCUCUUCACUAGCUCCACCUAUUGUGGAAAGCUACCUGCCAAAAAUAUGGCAAGCAACCCGCAGGUACUCAGUCAAGCAGCAGUUGCCACGGCUACCAGUACCAUCUCUUGAACAAACACUUGAUAAAUAUCUUAAAUCAGUACGUCCAUUGCUAAGUGAUGAAGAAUAUGAUCAGACAAGACAUAUCGUUGCAGACUUUUCAAAGAAUCCAGGACCCAAAUUACAGGACCUGCUGCUUAAGAAGGCUCAAAGUACAGAUAAUUGGCUAGCAGAAUGGUGGCUGAAUGUCGCCUACCUAAGCUAUAGGAUGCCAGUGGUGGUUCACUCUAAUCCUGGUGUUAUUUGCCCAAUGCAGGACUUUGAUGAUGAAAUGGAACAGCUGAGAUUUGCAGCUAAAUGGAUAUCUGGUGCUUUGUCUUUCAAGAAGAUGAUUGAUGAGCAAACUCUACCAGAAGAAAAAAUGGGCGACCAUCCUCUCUGCAUGGCUCAGUAUUACAAGAUACUUUCAUCAUGUCGUGUUCCUGGGGUGAAACGUGAUUCUCUAGUGCAGUUUCCUGCGGGUACUCCAAACUCACCAAGACAUAUUAUGGUUAUUCGUAACAACCAUUUCUUUAAACUUGAUGUGUAUGGCCAGAAUGGAAAGCCACUCAAUGUGGACCAAAUUCACAAACAACUGAUGAGAAUCGUAGAUAGCUCUUCACACCCCACCCCUCCAGUUGGAAUUCUCACCACAGAGAGCAGGAAAACAUGGGGAUCUGCUUACCAGAGGCUGGUAAAAAACACGAUGAACAAGGCCAAUGUUGAAGAGAUCCAGCGUAGUAUAUUAGUCCUGUGUCUAGACAAGCCCAUGCCUGUCACUGGCCCAGGCAUGAGACAGAGCCAGUUUGUCAGGCAGAUGUUUCAUGGAGGCGGGAGCCAUCUUAACAGUGGAAACAGGUGGUUUGAUAAGACAAUGCAGCUAAUCCUCAGUCCAGAUGGUGCUUGUGGCAUGAAUUAUGAACAUGCAGCUGCAGAGGGAGCCACCAUUGCCUUUUUACUGGAUCAUGCUAUGAGUUAUGCGAAGAAAAUUCCAGAAGAGCUAGCCCCUGCAAGUGGAAUUGUAGACCCCAAGAAGCUAGAGUGGGAUUUGUCACCAGAAACACUGGAGGACAUUAAGGAAGCAGAGGAGGACUUAGACAUGAUGGUGGAUGAUGUGUCACUAACAGCUCUUAGAUUUAAAGGAUUUGGUAAAGAUUUUGCCAAAUCCCAGAAACUCUCUCCAGAUGCCUUUAUACAGGUGGCCAUGCAGCUGGCUUAUCACAGCAUUUACGAUAGACCCCCCGCCACCUAUGAGAGUGGAUCAACACGAGCUUUCAAGCUGGGCAGAACAGACACCAUCAGGUCAUGCACCAUUGACUCUACAAACUUCUCCAAAGCUAUGCAGGAUGAUUCUGUAUCAAAACAAGAGAAGGCAGACUUACUGAGAAAAGCUGUUGAUGCCCAUAGGAAGUAUACUGCAGAUGUUUUGUCAGGUCAAGGCAUAGAUAGACAUUUACUGGCCUUCAAACUGCUGGCAAUAGAGAACGGCAUGAAUGUACCUGAGUUAUUCAUGGACACAGCUUACAGUCGUAGCAUGCACCACCAAAUUUCUUCUAGUAAUGUUACAGCUAAAAUGGAAACAGUUUUCUGCUUUGGGCCCACUGUACCAGAUGGUUAUGGGGUCUGUUAUAACCCCAUGGCAAAACAAAUCAUCUUUGCCAUAUCAGCAUUCAACAGUUGCAAAGAGACAGACUCUGACAUGUAUGGCAAGUCUCUGGCCCGGAGUUUAAUUGACAUGCAUGAUUUGUUACUUGAAACAACUGGAUCAAAGCUAUGAGAAUUCUGUGUACGAAUAAAGUGAAAACAGUGGCUUUGACUCGCCAAGGUUACUCUUUAUAAACAAAUCAAUGGAUCUCUUUUCUCAGAGAUCUUUAAAUCUCUUAUAGAAAAUCUUUACAUACUCUUUCCCUCUUCUUUUUCUUAUUAUUUAUUCAUUUAUUGUUCUAGUUUUGUUUGGUUUCUCAAGCACUGUUUACUUUCUCGGAAUAUUGUAUAUUUAUAUCGGUAUAUAGCUAGGAAAGUUAAAGUAGACUGUAGCAAAUGACUAGUAAAGGUGUCCUUGCAUGACUUAAAAAGAAUUAAUGGGUUACAGCAAUCCACUCAUGCUUCUUCAAACACUUUAAUUAUAAGAAUAUUUUAAGAGUAUUAUUAGUUAACAUUUUUGUUAAACAAAAAUGUCUUCUUAUGACAAUGUUUCACAUUUUAAGAUUUUUAUCAUUGAAUCCCUUUAUAUCAAUACAACAAUGAUAAUUGCAUGGCUUGAACAAGAAAGUAGAAAAUAAAAUUUUUAAAAAGCUACAUGGUAUAUUUUAUUUU